AUGCCGGACAAUGAGAAUCCAAUUAAAAGAAUACGUUUAGAUGGACCAGCUUCAGGAUCUGAUGCCAGGAAUCAUGAUAACAAUGAUGAUAAUUUAUCUGACAAUGAUAACAUAGAAUUGAUUAAUGAAAUUCUGAGUUCCGGAGUCGACAUUGAUGCACCUGGUGAGAAAAACCAGACAGCACUCCACUUGGCUGUUUAUAAUAAGAAUUUGCCAAUCAUCGAGUGUCUGCUAGAGUACGGAGCCAGUGCAUUUGUUUCGAAUAAAUCAGAUGAUCAAUCUGUACAUUGGGAAACUCCAUUACAUACUGCAGUAAGAGAAGAUCGUCUGGACAUUGUUAAAUUACUCUUGACAACGCAGGUAGACGUAGACAAACUGAUGAAAAAUUAUUAUACAGUCUUGGAAUUUGCAAAUCAACAUAGAAAUUACAAACUAAGAAACUGUUUGCUUAGAAGUUCAAGCCACGUUGAAAGCAAGAACUUGAUAAAUAGAAUGCCGAGUACUUCUUCAGUAGAAACCUUGCGUAAAACGGAUGACAAAGAAAAUUCAAUGUAA